UCCAGUGAGCAACAAGUGAAAUCUUGAUGGUUACAAAACGGAACGACAGUAAGUUACCGGUACUGCAACUAAGGAAAUAACUUUCAGGCAGCAGAGAAUGAGAGUUAACGAUUAUGGAUUUAUUCGAAAACAGUGACAGAUUAUUCUCAGUUUAAAGGACGAUUCAUGGUGACGUGACAUGGAUGUAAAAUGUGAACAGGAAAACAACAAAGGCACAGAGCGAUUAUAGUUAUAGGCUAGUUAGCUAUAUAGCGGUGUAGUUUAACGCCAAUAGAUUUUUAGAGGAACUGGAUACGAAUGCAUCGUCUUGUCAGAUGUCAGUAUAUUUAAGUUUUAAAGUCUGAAUAUUUCACGGGUUGUUGCCGAGUAGUACCAGGUGCCUUCCAAACAUCUGCAUUGUACAGAGUGCUUCAAGGUGAAGACCAAAACAUGUUUCCCCUGGAAUCGCCUUGGAAUAUCUCAUUUGCAGGCUGUGGUUUCCUCGGCAUCUAUCAUGUUGGGGUUGCUAGCUGUCUGCAGGAACAGGCACCUUUUUUAGUAGACAAUGCAAGACAUAUUUAUGGAGCGUCAGCAGGCGCUCUUACUGCAUCCGCCCUCGUCACCGGAGCAUGUUUGGGUCAGGCAGGGGCGAAUAUUAUUGAUGUUUCCAAAGAGGCCAGAAAACGGUUUCUGGGACCCAUGCACCCCUCCUUCAACCUGGUGAAGAUUAUGCGAGCCAUGUUGUACCGGACCCUUCCUCCAGAUGCCCACACCCUUGCCAGCGGGCGCCUGGGCAUCUCCCUGACCCGCGUGUCUGAUGGAGAGAAUGUUCUAGUGUCCCAGUUCAAUAGUAAAGAGGAGCUGGUGCAGGCAUGUGUAUGCAGUGCCUACAUCCCUGUGUAUUGUGGCCUUAUUCCUCCUACAUUACAGGGUGUGCGAUAUGUAGAUGGAGGGAUUUCAGACAACCUGCCCCAGUAUGAGCUGAAGAACACAAUCACAGUGUCACCCUUCUCUGGAGAGAGUGACAUCUGCCCCAGAGACACCUCCACCAACCUGCACGAGUUACGCUUCACCAACACCAGCAUUCAGUUUACCCUCACAAAUCUCUAUAGGGUCUCAAGGGCCCUCUUCCCCCCUGAUCCACAGACAAUGAAGGCCAUGUGCAAACAGGGCUACAAAGAUGCCCUGUAUUUCAUCAGGAGGAAUGGACUGCUGCAAUAUCGAGGACCCCAACGUGCAUUAGGUGCUAGAGCAGAUGGGGAGGAAGUGGUCGAAGAGGAGGAAGAGGGGGAGGAAGAGGCCAAUGGAGAGAGCAGCCAUGACGGGAGGGAGGUGGUUGUCUUCAAUGAACACUCCACAGUGGAGGACCACAUUUUUGAGCACCUGCCCCCAAGACUGCACCGAGCACUGGUAGAGGCGUGCAAGGAGAGGAGAAGCUUGUUCCAGUCUCUUGGCAACCUGCUGCCAAUCAGGAUGGCUUCAGCGUUGAUGAUUCCAUACACUCUGCCCUUGGAGUCUGCUAUGUCUAUGACUAUUAGGCUUUUGGAGUGGCUACCAGACGUACAGGAGGAUGUUGGAUGGAUGCGAGAGCAAAUGGUGAAGCUGGUGCAAUGCUUUCUGAAUCAGGCCAAGAGAAGGCUGUCCCAGCAGGUGUCUGCAAGGCUGUCGUACCAGCUGGAGCUGCGACGCUCCCAGUCCCUGCCCGCCCGGCCCAGUCCCAGCUGGAUGAGCGGGAGCAGCUCCUCCAUGUUGGACCUCAUCCUCCGUCUGGACCAGUACCAGCGGCAGCUUCUGCCCGGCUUGUUGUCCGUCAACCUGGACCUGCGCGCGUCCAUCUUCACCCAGUCCUCCCUCGCCGAGAUGCCAGAGGAAGGGCUGGUGAUGCGCCCGGUGGGACCUGCCCCCAUGGCAUCACAGCCGUCUUCAGAGGGGCACCCUGGAGGCUCCUAGGGUCCUGAAAGCCUUUACUCGCCCUGAACAAGACCAAGGUUACAGAGGUUCAUGCAGCAAAAAUGACAAACUGACUAUUAUAAUGUCAGGCCCAAAGAAUCUAAAGUAGAUGAUUUCCAAACCUCCAAAUUGCUAUGCCAAGUGCCUUUAUCUAACAAAGUUUGAAAUUUGAAAUCUGUAUUAAUAUAUCAAGACCACUGCUGCCUUCAGGUUUUGCAAACAGUAUUUUCUCACAUUUCAGUACUUUUCCAGGCUGAGGAAAGUUAAUACUGUGCAGAGCGUACUGGCCAUUUGCCUCUAUGGCCUGGUCUGCGCAACAAUAAACAUAAUGUGAAUGGGAAAUGAAGGAACUUGAAAAGAAAAGAAAGAACAUAUAUGGACAGAUAGUAACAGAUAUAUAAUUUUCUCAGUGUUAUCUACUCAUACAGUACAGCAUCUCAUUAAUGGAUAGCAGUGACAGAUUGUCUCACACAGGGUACUAGUCAGAAGACGUCAAAUGAAUGUUCAAUGCAGAGGUACUCAUUUUGUUUUCCAUUUCUGCAUGUAAUACUUGAGUGUUUAAACUUGGCCACCCCAUAAUGAUACAAAGGUUAAUUCAAUUUAGGGUGUGAGGUAGUAGAUGUUUUCGUCUGUACUUAAUUGACUCGAGGCUGGGGUUGGCAACCUGGAAGGAAAGACGCAGGGUAUGAUGUUUUUGUUUUCACCUUAAAAUCAGCCAACGAUUCAGAACAAAGAAACAAGGUGAAUUAACGGUGUCAACUGUAUUCAUUGAUCAAUUAAGUGCUGAGUAACAAUAAAAGCCAGCAUACCCCGCGGCUCUCCAGGACCAGGAUUUAAAAUAUAUAUAUAUAAAAUUUCAGUUUUAUAUAUAUUUUGUAUAUAAAAUCAUCAGUGCAAGCAAUAGUAGGAACAAAUAGACAUCCACCAACUGCAGCUUACAAGUCAGUGAGUAAAUCAUACAUAUAUUAUUAUAUAGAAACAACCAAGCAAUGUGACUAAAAGAAAAAAGAAAAUGCAUAGAAUGUUAACUAUGUGAAUGUAGUUGAAUAUCCCAGUCUGUGCCAUGUCACGUUAACCUUUCAAAUGUCUGACAUUGUAAUCUAGAAAGUGAUUAGACCGUGAAGUCAGAAUUGAUUAUGAGAAUAAAGAGUUUCCUGAUAGAAGGAAAUGGCACUUUGCACAUUAACUUUUGACCUUACGUGUACUUUCAAUGCAAACAUAGACCUGUUAGGCUGAAUUGUGCAACAUAAUACUAGCAGUAACAUUCAAUUAAUUUGCCUUUCAAAACUUUAGUUAUAGCAAGUGAUGCUAUACUCGAUAGCUAAGACACCUGCCCAGCCAAUGUGAUGGUCUAGAUGGGCCAUUUAACCACAAGGGAAAAUGGAAGAUUAACUGGUUUUCCGUGGCUGCAUUUCAGACAAUCAUAUCAGAAUUUUCAUGCAGACCAUUGUGAAUUUCAGUGGAGGUUUGACCCUUUCCUGAUCCCAUGAGCUAUGUGCCUUCUGUCUACAUACAUUACAGCUCAAUGAACAAACAACCUUAUAUCGAUACAGUAUAAGCCAGCAAGUCUUUGUGUUAAAAGUAGUAGUACUAUAAAAAAUAUAUUUAUAGUAUUUAAAACUGUGAAAAAGGUAAAUAUAGAUUUAUGUUUGUUGCAUAGUAAACAUUCAAAUUAUGUUACUUCAUCUUGGUUUACCUGUAAGUCAGCAAAUUGCUAAACAGGCAUUAUUAGAGGGAAGAUUCUCACAAAGGUGGUAAAGUUCAAUGCAAUACUUCCUUUAGCCAAGACAUUGUUUCUGUACUGCCUACAAUAGCUGCAGAAACCAGGGUCAGGCUUCAGUUUGCUAAGAAGUACCAAAAACGUUUCUGGAAAAAGGUGGACAAAUGAGACAUGCAAGACCUUUUUACUCUCUUACUUAUUAAUGAUAUUCCAAACAGCUGAUUUUGGUAAGCCUAAGGUGUGGCAUAUGUCUGAUGUUGUCCUCAUGUUGACAAACAAUAACAAAGGCAAUAAAAAUCCUAAAAUCAAGACUAGAUACCUGCACUAAGGAAGCAAUUAAAUACACUACUAACAAAAAACACUGGAAUGGGGGCAGGUGUAUAAAAAGAGCUGUAAUUUCUACAUGGUGUAUUUAUGGAUUUAAGAAAUACAAUUUAAUAAAAGCUGAGAAUCUGCACUUUAA